AUGCCGAUUUGCAUCGAGUGCCGGCACCCGGUCAAGACGCUGUGGACGCAGUACUCGGGUGCGGGCGACAAGGCCAGCGGACACAACAUCCGACUGACCGUGUGCCGCAAAUGCGGGCGCUUCUGCGAUAAAUACGUCGAGCAUGACUUUGUCGUGCUCUUUAUUGAUCUGGUUCUCAUCAAGCCCCAGGUUUACCGACAUUUACUACAUAACACGCUGAUGCGUGAUGGCGACCGAUUCGAUCCUUCAAUUGUUCGACUCGGCGUCUUGCUGCUGCUAUUCGACGUCUACCUCACAUGGGCGCGCAUCGAGAACCAAGGCCUGCCCGGCAAGACGUCAGGUGAAAGCAACCUGGGCCAGCUUGCGCAACAGCCCAUUGUGAUUCAAUACUUUUUCUUCCUAAUGCUCUGCACCUUCUCGACCGUCGCCUUCCACAUCGUCAUUCGCUUCCUCGUCGCCUCGUCGCUAUCGCCGCUCGUUCUGCUGGGCGUGCUCCCACGGCACGGUCGCCCCAACGCCGUGUCCACGGCGCUGCUCGUAUCCUCCUCGACCAAGCUGUUUCCCAUCCUGCUCGUCAUCUGGGACUACGACGUGCCCGCGGCGGCAACGUCGCUCGGCUGGGCCGUCGUCGCCAACAACGUCGAGGCGCUGCGCAUCCUGCUUGAUUGCCGCUACUACGUUGCUUGCCUGCUCGCGCUCGCCGGCGCGGCCGCCCGCUGGUUUGUCGCGCGGCUGGUGCUCGUGGCUGCGGGGCUCGACGAUGUUGACUCGAUAUCUAUCGACGCGAGCAUGGCGACGGAUGCUAAGGCGCUCUGGGCCAUGGUGACGUAUGUGACGGAUUGGGUAGUACGCCUGGCUGUCGGAUGA